GAAAGGUGAUGGCUCCAGGUUAGGACCAUUUCUUCGUGACGUUGAGAUGGUCUAGCUGGUCGGCAACGUAUCUGUGCUCGGGGAACUUGGAAGUGGCGGCCGCCUUGAUGGCCUCAAAAGCCUGCGCCCUGCGCUCCGCGGCGUGGCGGUACUCCUGCUCGGCUGUCAGGUAGGGCAUGCUCAGCCAGUAGUGGUUCUCGGCCUCCACCUCCAGGCGCCGGAUCAUGUUCUCCUUCAUCCGGAAGGACACGUUCCGCGGCCGCCGGUGCUUCCCGAUCCACUGCCGGCCCGGAAUGCGGCCGCGGAGGAGGACGGCGGUGAGGAACAUGGCGUCUCCUGAGGAAAGCACACGAAAGCCGAGGUCGCUGAGACCCGGAGCCGGGAAGCGAGCAGCAAGCGUGCCACACCGGCUCCCACGUCCCGCGCCCGCCGGGCCGUCAACAGAGCACGCUCUGCCCCUGGCCGGAAGUGGAGGGCCUGGAGCCGGGCCGACGCCAGAGCACGCUCUGCCCCUGGCCGGAAGUGGAGGGCCUGGGACCCGGCCGACGCCAGAGCACGCUCUGCCCCUCGCCGGAAGUGGGGGGCCGGGUGCCGACCACUCUGCAGGGGACGAUGGGCCUCCCCGAGGACCCACCUGGCCCACGAACUCACGACGAUCUCACCUCCCAGUCCCUCAGACUCGGACCCACGCGAGGACGCACGCGCGCAUGUCUUCCGGGGCUCGCUGGGGCUCCGGUGCGAGACUUCCGCUCUCGCGAGAGCCGUCCUCUGCGCCUGCGCGGAGCGGGCGACUCGUACUGGACGGUAGGAUUCAAAAGAGUGGCGCGUUGGUGGGUGAGCGCGGAGGUCGGCGGUCAGCUCAGCUGCUCUCGGCAUGAACCCUAUCCAGAGUUUCCACUGUAAGCUGCGGGGUCUGGCCGCCGUGCUGGACGCCGAGACGGCCCGGCUGCUGCGAGCGCUGGAGGGCGAGGACGGCGACUUUGAGGAUUCGCCAAUGAGAAUUUUAUAUGACCUUCACUCAGAAGUUCAGACUCUAAAGGAUGAUGUCAACACUCUUCUUGGUGAAGCAAGAUUGGAAAGUCAAGAAAGCACACGUUUCAUAAAGGCAACAAAAGUACUGAUGAAAAAAAAUUCAACAGACAUCAUGAAACUGAGAGAGUUUUUCCAGAAGUAUGGCUAUCAAGCACGUGACAAGGAAGAUUCAGUAUGUGAGCACGAAGUCAGUGACUCAGCCACAGAGUUGGCUGUGUGUGAAGACGUUCAGAAGCCUGGUGUGGAGGACCAGCCGGUUGAUGCAUGUGUCCUGAGCACUUCUGUUUCUGAAAAGCCUCUACGCAGCCCACAGCUUUCAGACUUUGGACUGGAGCGGUACAUAGUCUCCCAAGUCCCACCAGACCCUCCCCAGACAGCUGACAGCCUUAAAGAAGAAUGCGUAUCUGAAACCCCUCCUGGCAAGGACUCUUCUGUCCCAGUGCUAAAGACUCCCAGGUGUGCUCUAAAGAUGGAUGAUUUUGAGUGUGUAACUCCUAAAUUAGAACACUUUGGUAUAUCUGAAUACACCAUGUGUUUAAAUGAAGAUUAUACCAUGGGACUUAGAAAUAUGAAGAACAUGAAAAGCUCCCCUCUGAGCUGUGCCAGUGGAGAGGCCGUAGGGACAGAGCCUGUGACCAGUGACAAUUCUUCAGCCAUUCCUGGUUCCAUAAUCGAGCAGCUGGAAAAACCUGAUGCUGAAUAUACAAAUUCACCAUUGCCACCUAAAUUCUGCACCCCUGGUUUGAAAAUUCCGUCUACAGUAGACAAUGGAGCUUUGGUAUAUAAAAAUUAUCCAUUAGCAAAACCAAAUAGUUCAUCAAGUGAUUUGGAAGUUAAAGACUGUGAUCCAUUAAUUCUAAAUUCAGAUGAAUGCUAUGAGAAUUUUGCAGACCCCCCUUCUACAAUGACUUCUUGUGAAAAUAUCAGAACACCUUCUCCUCCAAAAGUCACUGCAAUUCCAGAAGACAUUCUCCAGAUGUUAACAAAGCACAACUCAAACCUAGCUACUCCACUGGAGGUUAAAGCUAUGCCAUCCAGGAAAGGCUUCCUCAAGUACGGGGGACAGAGCAUCCGAGGUGCUGCCAACAAGGAAAACUGGUGACGCCACCGCAGAACGUGCCUGUGUUACCCGAGCACUUGAAAACUGGGAAUUCUAGUGUGGAUACAUCCAAUAAAGACACUGGACAGCUGGCCUCUCUAGCUUGGUCACCCAGCAGAUCCAAACUUCAUUCUUUCUGGAAGAUUCUGGACAAUUCCCCUGAGCCAGGAGCCUUGGGAACAUCUUAAUUCUAGAACUAUCUAAUAUCCUUCUGGACCCAAGAUCAUUCUGAUCAAGAACAGCUAGAAAGUAGUUCUCUUACGUUCAUGACAGUGCUUUGGGGACAGUUUAGCACUGCAGCCAGUAGGGGAAUGAGGAGCUGGUGUUCUAGAGAGACCAGCUAAAAUUCUGAGAAGAAGAUUGGCAAAUACCAUAAGGUACCUA